GCUAUGGACCACAGCAGAGACCCUUGCCCUUGGGUGGCUUUGAACGAUUUUGGAGGUGCUUUCUGUAUGGGCGCAAUUGGUGGUUCGCUUUGGCACGGUAUCAAGGGUUUCAGAAACAGUCCCUAUGGAGAGAGAAGGAUAGGCGCUCUGACCGCCAUCAAGGCGCGUGCCCCCGUCCUGGGUGGUAACUUCGGUGUCUGGGGUGGCAUGUUCAGCACCUUUGACUGUGCGGUGAAGGGCAUUCGCAAGAAGGAAGACCCUUGGAACGCCAUCAUUGCCGGUUUCUUCACUGGUGGUGCUCUUGCUGUCCGUGGUGGCUACAAGGCCAUGCGCAACGGUGCCAUCGGUUGCGCCAUCCUGCUCGCCGUCAUCGAGGGCGUGGGUAUCGGUUUCCAGCGCAUGAUGGCCGAGAACACCAGACUCGACAUGCCUCCUCCACCUCCCCAAGGCAUCGAGGGUGGUGCCGCCAAGCCCAUCGCCGCUUAAAGGAAGAGAUCAAGACAACAACAAAAAACACUUGUGUUAUAUACGGGUAUAUUCGGCGUUUGGAGCGAAAAGCAUUAUUCUGGGGCUGUCCUUUUUCUCUCGAUCCCACACACGAUAUGGCGGCGCCUAGAUGGGUCACUUUUUCCC